UGCUCAUGCUCAACUCUAGUCCCUUUGGGUCAAAAGCCUAAGGUGGGCCUUUGCCCCUUUCUUCUGCCUCCAAAGACCAGUGCUCAAAGGACUACUUGUGUGUUUUGCAUCCACAAGGCAUUAUUUAACAUUAACAACUGUAUUUACCUCGCACAAGGUACCCAUAUUAAGUAGUAGUUAUCCCUCAGCAGUCUGCCGACUAAAAGUCCAAGCUGUUGUCGGUUUGGGGAAGCACCUGUGCUUUGGAUGGUGUCCCGGUUGCUUGAUUUAGAACAGCUCAGUGUUGUUCCUGAGCAGAGGGAGAAUUCUGAUGAGCCAAGACUCUUAACUGGAAAGACCAGGCUCUCAAAAGCUUCACGGACAAACUCUGGGCAGUGAUUCAAGAGUCCCUGCCUCUACUGGUCUAGGCUCUGCUGUGUCCAUACAGAUUGGUGACAAACCAUGUUCCUGAGCCUGUCCAGCCAUUUUGCUCCAUAGGACCCAGUCAUGGGGUUUCUGGCUUGGGAGCCUAACAUUUAUCUAAGGGCAUUUCCUCCUUGUCAGUCAACACAAACCAAAGGAAUCCUGGUCUCUCUUAUUGUGUUAACUUUGCUUCCAUUUAACAGCCUCUUAAUGUUUUUUCCCACUGAGUGGAUAAAACUUUUGAGUAGAUAGAAGAGCAGACUUCCAUUUCUGCCAAGAUUCCAUUUCAGAACAAAGGACAUCUCGUACCAGCCUAGACAAGGACCCUGAUUUGAAGGAUUCAUGAGUCUAUAUGUACCAGCUGUGAAGUAAGGUCGGGUCCGGAGUUCAUGACAAGGUCUUACAGGUUCUACAACAAUAAUACCUUCAAGGCCUACCAGUUUUACUAUGGCAGCAACCGCUGUACAAACCCCACCUACACCCUCAUCAUCCGAGGCAAGAUCCGGCUUCGCCAGGCGUCCUGGAUCAUCCGUGGGGGCACCGAAGCUGACUACCAGCUUCACGGCGUCCAAGUCAUCUGCCACACAGAGGCAGUCGCUGAACAGCUCAGCCGACUGGUGAACCGAACUUGCCCAGGCUUCCUGGCUCCUGGUGGUCCCUGGGUACAGGACGUAGCCUAUGACCUGUGGCAGGAGGAGAGUAACCACGAGUGCACCAAGGCUGUGAACUUUGCCAUGCACGAGCUGCAGCUCAUCCGUGUGGAGAAGCAGUAUCCCCACCACAGCCUGGACCACCUGGUGGAGGAGCUCUUCCUGGGCGACAUCCACACGGACGCUACCCAGAGGGUGUUCUACCGGCCGUCCAGUUACCAGCCGCCCCUGCAGAAUGCCAAGAACCACAACCAUGCGUGCAUAGCCUGCCGCAUCAUUUUCCGGUCAGAUGAACACCACCCUCCCAUACUGCCCCCCAAGGCUGACCUGACCAUUGGCCUCCACGGGGAAUGGGUGAGCCAGCGCUGCGAGGUACGCCCCGAGGUCCUCUUCCUCACCCGCCACUUCAUCUUCCACGACAACAACAACACCUGGGAAGGGCAUUACUACCACUACUCAGACCCUGUCUGCAAGCACCCCACAUUCACCAUCUACGCUCGAGGCCGCUACAGCCGCGGUGUGCUCUCAUCUAAGGUCAUGGGUGGCACGGAGUUUGUGUUCAAAGUGAAUCACAUGAAGGUUACUCCCAUGGACGCAGCCACAGCCUCCCUCCUCAAUGUCUUCAGUGGGAAUGAGUGUGGGGCUGAGGGCUCCUGGCAGGUGGGUAUCCAACAGGAUGUGACACAUACCAAUGGCUGCGUGGCUCUGGGCAUCAAACUACCUCACACAGAAUAUGAGAUCUUCAAAAUGGAGCAAGACACCCGAGGCCGCUACCUGCUGUUCAAUGGCCAGAGGCCCAGCGAUGGCUCCAGCCCAGACAGACCAGAGAAGAGAGCCACAUCCUACCAGAUGCCCUUGGUCCAGUGUGCCUCUUCCUCACCAAGAGCUGAAGAGUUGUUGGAAGACAGUCAAGGUCAUCUGUAUGGCAGGGCAGCAGGGAGGACAGCUGGGUCCCUGUUGCUUCCUGCCUUUGUCAGCCUUUGGACUCUCCCACAUUGGCGCAUCCUCAGAUAGAAGACAUUUCCUGAACCAAGACUCUUUACCGUGUAUGACUUUCCUUCACACAGAGAAAGGACAUUGAUUCUUUUGAUGCACUUGAAUGCCUUGAGACCUGCCGUUGCCUCUCCUCUCCCCACCUCUUCCAGCCUCUGCGCCAUGAGCAGUGUGUUUGAAGUUUCAGCUUUGAAUGUCUUCCCGCCCGAUCCGUGGCCUGAGAACUUCAUAGAGGUGUGAUUGCACUUUAUGUCUGCAGAGAGCUGGGGCGAGUGUGUUUAGGGGUGGCAGCUGCCUUCUUCUCUCUGUCCCCUGACUCCUGACUGUGUUUCUGAGCUGAGCUUAAAAGAUACAAAUGACAAGCUGCAGCUCUCUCUGCCAUUGCUUCUCUUUAUCUCUCCAAAUCCCUUCCACACUCGAGGUUUUCGACACUGGAACCCAGUGCAGCGUUGGCUUGGGACCGCCAUGAAGACCCCAUGUUUGCGACAGGAGAGCCUGGGUUGGUGUUGAGUACAUAAGAGACGAGGCAAGGUUCAGCUAAGUCUUUGUCCCAGCCUUAAUGCUAACCAACACUUUCAGAAAUGUUGAGUAGAGAGGUGUCCCUAAAGCUUCAAUGGAACUUAAACUCUGUUGACAAGCGAGUGCCGGUUUUCACUUGUUGAGAAGAGAUGUGUGCCAUAUACUUGGUUUGGUGGCUACAGAGUACAGCCUGCUGCUUAACCCUCAGAGGAGACUGAUCCAGUUGGGAAAUUCAGAGCAGCUCCUGCUCCAGGCAGCCAGAAGCAGCAGUGGGGGGUGGGGGUGGGGAUUCCUUGUGUUAAGUGCCACACAACUGACAAGGAGAUCUGUGGAGUUUUUCUCCAAGUGAACCAAUCCCCUGUGUCCUGGCUCACACUGUGGUUAGGGUGGGCACAUCCACUCUGCCAUCUUUAACACACAGAAACCAAACAUCAGUGCUCCAGUAGCUUACUAAUGGAAAGAGGUUGGGGUGAGACUCACCCACAGAUGAGCCACUCUGCUAGGAGCCAGCUGUCCCUGUGCUCCUUGGUGGGGUCUAGGAGGAGUCACCCUGUUACUAGAAUUACCAGCUUGAUUCGGCUUCCUCUCUGCAUUUCCCUGGUUCUGCCCCACCUGCGAGGUCCAGAGCCAUCUCAUUCAGGGUUCGCCGCUUCACAGUCAUCCGAAGGGAGGAGGGGAUGGCCGCCACCCAUUCCUUUGUAUUAUUGCAACUGGUGCUAUAAACACCAAGUGCUAUUGCUCACAGAGACCCAUGAAGGUAGGUGGAGGAGAGACAAAAAACCUAGCUGGAACUGAAAGCAGACAUGGAGACCAGGACCCAGGAGAAGAGUCAGUCGUGUAUUUAAGAGUUCACUUUGUGAAGCAGUAGCUUUCAGUGCGGUGUUAAAUUAUAACGAAGGCAUGGAGUACCAGAGUGCUUUAUAUUUAGAUUAUAUUUUAAGUCAUGGUGCAUACUUGAGGGGGUUUAUUAAAAAUGAAAGUACUAACUUAAUGUCUACUAAGUUUAAUAAACAAAGAAUUUGGAAGUAACCCCACGAAA